AUGCCAAACAUGAAUAAUGCCUCCGUCACCAACGAAGAAUAUGAAGUGAUAGGUGAAGCCCACUGGCAGAUUUUGGAAGGAUCUGAUGACCAGGCAAUCAGGAUAUAUGGCUACAAAUAUUCAAGAUUCCGAUCAACAAUUUUUCGUGCAAUAUGUAUAUCACUCUGUGGGCUUCCAUAUUUUGCUCUAGCAUACUCUCCCGCUUACAACCGCUACAAAUAUAUCAAAUGCAGCUUGAAAAAUGCAGAACACAUUUGUGUCAUGGACAGCGAAGGCACCUUUACAAUAGUAAAUGUGGAUAUAAUAGACCUGAAUCUGUUGAACCAUAGAGACAAUUCUCUUCGUUUUUUUAUAUACCAACACAGCCGAUACAUCUGGCUGAAUGAUCAAGGAGCAUUUAUUAAUGUACAGGCACUGAACGAAAAACUAACAUUGAAUAUAUUGAUGGAAAAUAUAUCUGGGAUAAAUAAAAGACAACAGAAUGAGCUAAUCAAACUUUAUGGAAAGAAUUCGGUAGAGGUGGAAGUGAAAAGGUAUUGGACAAUAUUUUGCAGUGAAGUGUUCAAUCCGUUCUAUUUGUUUCAAAUAUUCUCGAUAAUUCUCUGGUCUUUGGAUGAAUACUACCAGUAUGCAACAUGUGUGUUCAUACUGUCGGCAAUAUCCUGUAUGCUGGCCCUCUACGAAACCAAACAGAUGAGUGUGAAAAUCCACAAUAUGGCGGGUUCAACCUGCACAUUUACGGUGAGCGUUUUACGUCCGUCGCGUACGGGACGUGAGGAGUGUGUGGUGAACGCGAGUCGUCUCGUACCCGGUGACGUGCUCGUGCUACCCCCUGAUGGGUGUGUCAUGCCCUGUGAUGCUAUGCUCCUGACGGGAUCCUGUAUUGUCAAUGAGAGCAUGCUUACUGGCGAAAGUGUACCGGUAAUGAAGGGUCCGCCUUGUCCAAACGCUGAAGUAUACUCCACAGAGAAUCACAAGAGACACACCCUCUUCGCAGGCACACAUGUCAUACAAACGAGAUUUUAUGGAAAUAAUCAGGUAUUAGCGAAAGUGGUGCGCACUGGAUUUUACACAGCGAAAGGGGAAAUGAUCAAAAGUAUAUUGUUCCCGAAGCAAUUUGACUUCCAAUUCUACAAAGAUGCGGUGAAAUUCGUUAUUUUUAUGUUCUGUAUCGCCGCUAUGGGAAUGGUUUAUUCGAUUUGGCUGUAUAUGCAAAGGGGGAGUUCAUUGGGUACAAUAAUACUUCGGACGCUGGAUAUAAUAACAAUAGUAGUCCCCCCGGCGUUGCCUGCUGCUAUGACGGCGGGUAUCGUGUACAGUCAGCAGCGAUUGAAGAAGAAUAAAAUAUUCUGUGUGUCACCGCCUAAAAUUAUUAUCUGUGGGAAGCUUCAGGUCAUGUGCUUUGAUAAGACUGGAACACUCACAGAGGAUGGCUUAGAUCUAUACGCAGUAAUACCGUCUAAUGAGGAAGAAGUCUUUGGCCGAUGUGUGGAUGACAUCAGCUCGCUUCCAACCAACAGUCCAUUGGUGCAGGCUUUGGCCUCUUGUCAUUCUCUGACAAGUAUUCAGGGGCAGUUGAAGGGAGAUCCACUCGAUUUGAAGAUGUUUGAGUUUACUCAGUGGGUCUUGGAGGAGCCCGGACCAGAGAAUACAAGAUACGAUAAUCUAACACCUGCUAUCGUUAAACCGCCGUCCACAAGGAAUGAAGAUUUGGAAAAUUUAGACCCUUUGACUAUGGAAAUGCCUUAUGAGAUUGGUCUGUUGCGAAGAUUCCACUUCUCAUCUUCACAACAAUCUAUGGGUGUGAUAGCCAGAAUUUUGGGACAGCCCGCUAUGGUCUAUUAUGUCAAGGGAGCUCCAGAAAAGAUUGCCGGUAUGUGCGAUCCCCUAACAUUGCCAGAAAACUUCAAUUCCACAUUAAACGAAUACACGUCAAACGGUUUCCGUGUAAUCGGGCUUGCGUAUAAGAAGCUCGACCGUAAAAUGAAAUGGAUGGACGCACAAAGGGUGAAAAGAGAAGUUCUAGAGAAUGGAAUGACUUUUCUGGGUUUUUUGGUGAUGCAAAAUAGCCUGAAGCCGGAAACAACCCAUAUUAUUAAGGAGCUUCAUGAGGCUAAUAUGAAGCAGAUUAUGGUUACUGGGGACAAUAUAAUGACAGCUAUGUCAGUGGCGCGAGGUUGUUUCAUGGUGCAACCGCAACAAAAAGUUGUGCUGGUAACAAUAGGCCUGCAACAGACCGGAGAUCAAAGGCCGCCAUUGUCUAUGGAGAUUGUAGGCGAAGGCGGGCCACCAAAGUUAGCCAUUGAAGACUAUGUGAUCGCUAUGGAGGGAAAAACUUGGGCGAUUGUUAGAACUCAUUACCCGGAAUUCAUGCCCACUGUACUUAGCAAAGGAAUGAUAUUCGGUCGAUUCGGCCCAGACCAGAAGACCCAGUUAAUAACAGCGUUACAAGGGGAAGGCUUGAUAGUUGGUAUGUGUGGGGAUGGAGCUAACGAUUGUGGGGCUUUGAAAGCCGCACACGUUGGGAUAUCUCUCUCUGAAGCUGAUGCCUCUGUUGCGGCCCCUUUCACAUCUCAAGAGCAGAACAUAACAUGCGUGAAAUUGCUGGCUUUGGAAGGGCGAUGUGCUUUGAGUACUUCCUUCGCGAUAUUCAAGUACAUGGCUCUGUACUCGCUCAUACAAUUCUUCUCUAUCCUGAUAUUGUACAAUUUCUACUCGAUUCUCGGCAAUAACCAAUUCCUGUACAUCGAUCUAGUUUUGACAACUCUGUUGGCUCUAUCCCUUGGUCGAGCUGGACCCGGCCCAAUACUUACAAAGCAAUCGCCUGCAGUAUCUCUAGUAGCAUUAUCCAGUCUAUUGCCACUCUUCAUACAAGUGACGUUAGUGCUAGUAGUACAAGUAGUGGCUACUAUGCUACUCUUCUCGCAGCCUUGGUUCGAGUCAGUGAAAGGUGGACCAGACAUAGAGCAGGUGUUGUGUUGGGAGAAUACAGUUAUAUUCAUCGUGUCUGCAUUCCAAUAUUUGAUAAUGGCGUGCGUCUACGCUAAAGGCUGGCCCUUUAGACAACCUUUUUGUGCCAAUUAUUACAUGGUGAUAACACUACUGAGUCAGGCAUUUUUCGUCACCCUUCUCCUGUUCUGCCCGUGGCAGGGCUUGGCGAACUGGAUCGAGGUGGAAGUGAUGAAGGCGUCUCACAUUGAGGAGAACUACUUCAGGAUCUAUAUCCUCAUCAUACCGGUUCUGCAUCUGCUCAUAGCUGUUGGUGUUGAGGCCACAUUCUCAGACCCAGAACUCUUCAGCAACAUAUACAGCUCCUUCCGGCGUUGCAACACAAAGGAAGAGAACUCGGCGGACGCUGAAUGCCCCCUCUGGCCCCCUCAUUCCCCUCUCACGUCUGCUGACAUAUCAGUAUGUAUUUUAAAAUAUGGAUUUAAAUGCGAAUUACACAUUACAGCUUAA